CCAGAGGCCUUCCUGGACUGUCACCGAGGUCCCGCGGCGCCGGUGGGAGGAAGAGGCCGCCCUCGCCACGCUGCAGGCGUGAGGCGGGCGUCCUCUCGAAAGCCUGCGGCUCCUGCGACCCCUCUUACCAGCGCCAUGGCAGUCCCAGGUUGCAACAAGGAUAGUGUCCGAGCUGGCUGUAAAAAAUGCGGAUAUCCUGGUCACCUGACAUUUGAAUGCCGCAAUUUUCUCCGAGUGGACCCCAAAAGGGACAUAGUUCUGGACGUGAGCAGCACCAGCAGUGAAGAGAGCGAGGAAGAGCACGCAGAACUGAGUAAAUCGCAGGCGCUACAAGAAAAAAGAGUAAAUGAAGAAGAGGAGAAGAAAAAAGCAAAAAGCAAAGAGAAAAUCAAGUUGAAAAAAAAAAGGAAAAGGUCUUAUUCAUCCAGUUCCACUGAAGAGGACACUUCAAAACAAAAGAAACAAAAAUAUCAGAAGAAAGAAAAGAAAAAAGAAAAAAAGAAUAAGUCAAAAAGGGGGAAACACCACAAAAAGGAAAAAAAGAAGAGAAAAAAGGAAAAGCAUUCUUCCACCCCUAAUCCUUCUGAGAUCUCCAAAAAGUAACUGGAUCUUCGGCCUAAGCCAUUAAAUUUUAAAAUUGGUUUUGAAAAUUAUCUGACCCUCCUUGGAAUUUGCUAUAUAAUUAUGCCUUGCAAUAAAUCACAGCCUUUUCCAUAUAGACAUUUUUUUCAUAUAUGGGACCAUUGUCAUCUGGCAAUACAUUUUUAAUGUGCUGACUCUAAAAUAUUGAAUCAGUCUUACUACUUGGUAGACAUGCCCCAAAUAUGGAUAUUUGUACAUACAAAACACAUCAUUUUUGGUAUUCAUGACUCUUUGUCCGACUAGUGUUACUGCUUCCUAAGUUGAUUGUAAAUGAUUGUAAAUGGCUUUACUACAGUCAACACAGAUAACCUACCUAGCACUUAAUGAGUAUUUGUUGAAUCAAGUAUCCACCUUCCAGUGAUUAAGUGAGGUAGGGGAUAAUGCUUUGCUCUGGACUCUGAAAGAUUUAAUAGCUUUAUAUCCUAUGAUAAUAUAUAAAGAUGGUGAAAUUUUUCACUGUUGUUUUUGGAUCUCAUCUUUUUUGGAUGUCAUAGGAGAUGAAGCCGCUUACUUGGUUUUAAUUAGAACAUUUGAAAUGAAUGGGUUGGCAGAAAGAUGAAAUGAAAAUAUUUAUAAGGAAUAUUUACUGUUAUACAAAAAAGUUUCUAGUAUCUGCCUCCUCUGAACUGUAACAAUUACAAUUUCCUUCCUUGUUUAAAAAGACAAGUGUAGUUCCGCCUCAUAGAGAUGACGCUGUGUUGGAUAGAAUUUUUAGGACAGACUCCUGGGUUGUUUUACAACUGUGCCAUAUUGGCAUCUCUUCAAGUGAUACCUCAAACACAGAACUUUUUAAUUAGGAGGAUGACAGCUAAAUCAUCAUUAGAACUGAUUUUUAUUGUAUUCUGUAUGUAAAUUUUAUGAAGCUUAUUUCUAUGAGUAAUGUGGAAAAUUUUUAUAAAUGUGAACAUAUAUAUUUAUUUGUCUAAAAUAAUUUGUAGUUUUGAAGCUGGUUUCACACUGAAUUUAUGGUUUCAAUAAUGACCAGUUUGGGGAUGUUUCUCUCUUUUACUUCAGUCAUAGACCCUUAAGUGCAGUGACAAAAAUUUAGGAUUAAGAAUUUUAUUCUGUACUUUUUAAACUUAAGAGCCAGGGAGUUGCAUCAUGAAAGCCUUUAUAUAACAAUGGAAAUUUUAUAUGGGUAAGCAUUUUCAAACAUAUAUUAGUAGAUAGAAGUGUUUCUUACAUUUUUAAUUUCAUAGUGAUCAGUGUCACUUACUUUGCUUAGUAUUUAGAUAGCCCUGACAUCCAGUAAGUCAAACACUUACUGGUGUAGCAGCAUCAGAUGUCCCCCAGUUAUCAUGGCUCCGCACCAAAGACUGCAGGUACCUCACUGUGGUGCAGUUAGAAAUUUUCAAUUUGCUACAGGUGAAAUCAUUUUGGUGAAAUCAGGUAAGUACACGUAUCCUCCCAAGCUGGAAAGGUGUACUGAUUUUUCAUGCAGCUCUCCUCGGUCAUGACCUCAGUUAGACUAGGGGAGCUUUCUGACUCCUCAGACCUGUGCUCACCGUAUUCCCAUUCUAGGGAAGCCACAUCACCAUCCCUACUCGAGUGGUACAGCUGAGGAAGCUUUCACACUUCUAGCUUUCCCAUAAUCUGAUUUAGUCAGAUGGCCUCCUCAAAAAGAAGUCUUCCCCCCCACCUUUUUCUUUUUUUGGUAGUUCUGUCAGCUGUUGAGGAGAAACAGAGUUACUGGUUUUUAAGGGGUUGUUUGGCCUUUGCUGUAUUUUACGUAUUUUUUAAACUGCAUUUUACAAAAAUAUGGUUCUUUGAUUAUCAUGAUGAAAAAAAUAUAGAAAAAACUUUUAAAAAUGAUUGAAAAAUGCUGCAUGCACAAGGAUGACCUCAUCCUAUUGAAUGUGUAACAGGGUUAAAAAAAUGCUAAUAAUUGUAGUGAAACAAAGUUAAUUCAGGUAUUUGUGAGUUUUAUUUCUGUUUAUUGUAGAGAUUAAUAAUUGGCUCAUUAGAUCUGUUUCCUGAAUGGGGACACAAUUAAUAAUUAUCCAGAAGAGUUAUAUACAAUUCAGCACUUGUUAACUAAUAUAGUGUGCAAAUUAAAAAACUUGAUUGCUCAGUAAUUUUUUCUACUAGAUAAUAUUCUUGGAAUUAUUCUUAAGUAAAUUCCCUAUAGUAUGAGAACAGUUUAUGAAAUCUCUCAUCUGAAUAAAAUUCAUUUCUUUUCACUAAUUUUCAUCUAAAAUGAUCUUGUUACUGGGAUUGGAUAUAGAUCUCAUUCAUAAAUUUUGGAAGAUUAGUAAAAUUUUCCCUGAGAUGCUAUGUAGCAGAAGGAAAACUGAAUUUAACAGAAAAAAUCUAAAAAGUCCUGGCCUUUCUAACCACUUGUGUGACUUUUAACUAAAUCAUUUAGCUUCUCUGGGCCUUGGUGUCUUUCAUCUAUAACAUAUUGUACCCAGUUAUCUCUGAGACCUCUUCCCCUCCUUAAUGUAUAUGCUUACCAAUAUUUUAGUACAAUUCAAGUAAUAUUAUUCAUUUUAGAAAUUAUAGGUAAUAAGGUAGCAUUCUGUAAUGGUAAAGUUUGACUUAAUACAACUGUUAAACACAUUCAACUUCUUUAAGCAGGUAAUUGAUAUUUACUUUACAUUCUUACCAAUAAAUGUGUGUCAUUUUCUCUAGAUGCAUAUAGAAUUUCUGUUUAGCUUUGUAUCUGUAACCUGAUUACCUGAAUACCUAAGGCUAUUGCUUUUAGCUGAUGGAUCUACUUCCUAUACAAUUCCCUCUCUCUUUUCUCCAUUAUUAUCUUUUGGCUAAAAUAUCUCUGAGGUAUCCUUAGUUGUUCACCCUUCAUACAUAUCCAUUUAUAUCUUUGGUUCUCUGAGGCCAAAACAUCAAUAAAUAAGGAGUAAAACAA